CGGUGUGACUUUUCGGGCAUCGUGUUCCUGAAAUUUUCCACUCGCCCUGACGGCAUGUGAACGCAACGCGGGCCGUCAGUGCAAACAAUAGCGAGAAGACGCGCUCGUGCACAGCCGCUCUGGAAGCGGCAGAUGUGAAGAGGAGGCACAGGGGGAGGAAGCAGCGGCCAUUCCCACUUCGAACCGGGAGUAUUCUUGCUCGGCAAGCAUGGCAGUGAAUGUCGCUGGACUCGUGGCUGUGGCUGCCUUUUAUGUUGUUGUCCUGCUCACUGGCAUCUUGGCAUCGCGCAAGUCUAAGAAAGUGGAGAAGAAAUGCAUUGGCAAAAAGAGCGAAGUCUCCAUUGUUGGAGGCCGCAACAUCAACGUCCUAAUAGGAGUUUUUACCAUGACAGCAACGUGGGUUGGUGGAGGUUAUAUUAUGGGGACUUCAGAGGCUGUUUAUACUCCCUCUCAAGGUCUUGUCUGGGCUUUUGGGCCUCUGGCAUAUCUUUUGAAUUUUGUUUUAGGAGGAUUAUUUCUGGCCAAACCAAUGAGGUCAAAAUGCUACGUGACCAUGUUGGACCCGUUCCAGCACCGCUAUGGCCAAAUGUUCACGACAGCAAUCUUAGUUCCUGCUUUGAUCAGUGAUAUUUUGUGGGUUGCCUGCACCCUCGCUGCUCUAGGCGGGACGAUGAGCAUCAUCCUAGAGCUACCAUUUGUGAUCUCCAUCGUCAUCUCAGCGGCCGUCUCCAUCGUCUACACUUUUCUAGGCGGCCUCUAUGCAGUGGCAUACACCGAUAUCAUCCAACUGGCCUUCAUAUUUGUCAGUCUGUGGCUGUGUAUUCCCUUUAUUAUUAUCAGCCCGGCGGUUAGUGGCGCCUUACAGGCAGCGCAUUUCAACCAAUCAAGUGUGCGCUCAUGGGUCGGGACGGUGCAGCUCCAGGACGCUGGGAAAUGGACGGAUAAUUUCCUGUUGUUGACCUUAGGAGGACUGGCAUACCAAUCUCUACACCAGAGGAUCCUUGCUGCGGCCUCCUCGUCCAAGGCUCAGAUUACCUGCUUUGCUGCUGCUAUCUUCACUUUCAUUAUGGGAAUCCCCUCAGUGAUCAUUGGCGCAGUGGCUGCUUCAGCAGACUGGAACCAGACAGAAUAUGGUCUACCCCCACCUUAUGAACGCGGGGAGGCCGGGAUUGUUCUGCCGCUGGUCCUGUCCUACAUCGCCCCCAGCUGGGUGUCAGUGUUAGGCAUUGGUUCUAUAGCGGCAGCAGUUAUGUCCUCCAUGGACUCCACAUUGCUGUCGUCAGCAUCCAUGUUCACACAAAACAUAUACAAGACGACUUUGAGAAAGCAGGCCUCGGACAAGGAGCUGCUGUGGGUGGUCCGCGUUAGCGUGCUGCUGGUGGGCGUGGCCGGAACCAGCCUGGCUUUUAAGAAGAACAGCGUGCUGGCGCUCUGGUUGUUGGCGGCGGAUCUCCUCUACUGCAUCGUGAGCCCGCAGCUCUUCUGCGUGGUGCACCUCCGCUCCGCCAACAGCUACGGCGCCAUCAGCGCCUACACGGCGGCGCUGCUGCUGCGCGUGCUGAGCGGCGAGCCGGCCAUCGGCCUGCCGCCUCUCAUCCUCUACCCGGGCUGGAGGGAAGAGCGGGGCGUGGUCAACCAGUAUUUCCCCUUCAGGACUCUGAUUGCAUUCAUCUCUCUGGUGACUCUGCCCCUCGUGUCCUGGCUGGUCCAGCUGGCCUUCACGCGGCAGCUGCUUCCGCAGUCCUGGGACGUCUUGGGCGUGUGUCAGCAGCAAACGGAGGCGGCGGAAGAGGAAAUUCCGAUCCAACUAUCCAAUGAGGAAAAGAAGUGUAUCCAUAAUACAGCUUUAUAGAUCUCUGCCAAACCUCCUCUUAUGCACACGGUGUUUACGCACUCUCACAUAUUUUCUAUGACACAACAAUUACAGUUAAGAUGGCCACCACCCAAAAAAGAAAGAGGCUGUCAAACACAAAUGAGUAAAAGACCCGUAAGGCUGCACCCACCUAAAAACAGGCCGUAUUUUCCCCGACUAUAAGCCGUUUGGACAAAUCACGAUUCGAUUAAAAUGACAAUACAGUACAGGCCAAAAGUUUGGACACACCUUCUCACUCAAUGCGUUUUCUUUAUUUUCAUGACUAUUUACAUUGUAGAUUGUCACUGAAGGCAUCAAAACUAUGAAUGAACACAUGUGGAGUUAUGUACCGUAUUUUUCGGAGUAUAAGUCGCACCGGUCGAAAAUGCAUAAUAAAGAAGGAAAAAAUAUAUAUACAAGUCGCACUUUUUGGGGAAAUCUAUUUGAUAAAACCCAACUCCCAAGAAUAGACAUUUGAAAGGCAAUUAAAAAAUAAAUAAAGAAUAGUGAACAACAGGCUGAAUAAGUGUACGUUAUAUGAGGCAUAAAUAACCAACUGAGAAGGUGCCUGGUAUGUUAACGUAACAUAUUAUGGUAAGAGUCAUUCAAAUAACUAUAACAUAUAGAACAUGCUAUACGUUUACCAAAACAAUCUGUCACUCCUAAUCGCUAAAUCCCAUGAAAUCUUAUACGUCUAGUCUCUUACGUGAAUGAGCUAAAUAAUAUUAUUUGAUAUUUUACGGUAAUGUGUUAAUAAUUUCACACAUAAGUCGCUCCUGAGUAUAAGUCGCACCCCCGGCCAAACUAUGAAAAAAACUGCGACUUAUACCCUGAAAAAUAACGGUAUUAAGAAAAAAAGGGGAAAUAACUGAAAACAUGUUUUAUAUUCUAGUUUCUUCAAAAUAGCCACUUUUUGCUCUGAUUACUGCUUUUGCACACUCUUGGCAUUCUCUCCAUGAGCUUCAAGCACACCUGUGAAGUUAAAACCAUUUCAGGUGACUACCUCUUGACAUUGUAGAUUGUCACUGAAGGCAUCAAAACUAUUGACACCUGUGAAGUAAAAACCCUUUCACGUGACUACCUCUUGAAGCUCAUGGAGAGAAUGCCAAGAGUGUGCAAAGCAGUAAUCAGAACAAAGGGUGGCU